UUAGAUAUUUGCGUUAGACAAAUCCCACUUUUAGGAUUUGUUUUGAAUUCAUUUGUUGAUCUCAUUACAACAUUCAUUAUUUGUUUUCUGAUUCCUCAAUCAAGCCAAAGAGAGUAAGUAUUGAGUCUACCACACCGCCAAACGGGGCGCUAGAAUAUAAUGGAACUGCCAUAUUUAUUUGACUACAAUCCCACGUUUAUAGAUCUUCCCAACGGUGAUACUACUCCUCCGGCAAUCAGUCCCAAAUUGAUACGACUCUUUACACUGUUGGAAAAGAUCACUCUUUCCACGAUUUGAUCUAUUUCUCUGUAGACUGUAAUACCAUCAUCAGAAGACACCUGAAUUUUCCUACCAAGUUGAGCGUUAAUCUACGUUUAUCGUUCUUCCCGUCAUUUGCUUUAUCGGGGGAGCAAGGCCUGCUUGCUUUCCAUCCGUCUUUUCUGAUCAGAUUCUGUUGGCUUAAAGGAUAGUAAUGGUGAUUGGUUCUGAGACCGGUGGCGACGGCAGUAUGGUGAAGAAAAGGGGUUGUGGAUGCAACAAGGAUGACUUCUUACCAGAGGAAUCAUUCCAGAGCUGGGAAAGCUAUGGCAGAGCAUUAAGAAGCACAAAAACGAGGCUGAAAGAUCGUCUCUUGGCGCGAUCCCUAGACCACCUGGAGCUACAUCAUAUGCGUGCGCGUAGCCAGCACGAGAUGAAGAAGACCUUGAAUUGGUGGGACCUGAUUUGGUUUGGGAUUGGGGCUGUAGUGGGCGCUGGAGUAUUCGUCCUCACAGGGCAAGUAGCCAGGGCUGAGGCUGGACCUGCUGUUGUGAUCUCAUAUUUCAUUUCGGGCUGUGCUGCUCUACUGGCUGUGCUCUGUUACACUGAAUUUUCAGUCGAAUUGCCAGUAGCCGGAGGUUCAUUUGCCUAUCUAAGAGUGGAGCUUGGCGACUUCAUUGCUUUCGUUGCGGCUGGAAACAUCCUUCUGGAGUAUAUAGUAGCCGGGGCUAGUGUGGCAAGGUCAUGGACUUCAUACUUUGCCACGUUGUGCAACCGCACACCUGAUGAUUUCCGCCUAAAUGUCUCAUCCCUCGCUGAAGAUUACAGACACUUAGAUCCAGUUGCCGUUGUUGUUUCAGGUGUUAUCUGCAUUGGGGCAUGCAUGAGCAUGAAGGGCUCUGCACGGUUCAAUACGGUUGCCACCAUCGUCCAUGUUGUAGUCAUCGCGUUCAUCCUUGUCGCAGGACUUAUGAAAGCCAACACUGCCAACUUCUCAGAUUUUGCCCCAUUUGGCUUCCAAGGCAUUCUUAGAGGUUCAUCGAUUCUCUUCUUUGCAUUUGUGGGAUUUGAUGGACUCACAACCCUGGGAGAGGAGAUCAAAAACCCGGGCCGAGACAUCCCCAUCGGGCUCAUUGGCUCCAUGAUAGUAAUCAUAGUAGCAUACUGCCUUCUAGCUGCAACCCUCUGCUUGAUGCAGCCAUACACCCAAAUUGACCCCGAUGCGCCAUUCACCCUGGCAUUUCAGGCCACAGGAAUGAACUGGGCAAAGUAUAUCGUCGCGGUUGGAGCCCUCAAGGGCAUGACAACAGUUCUGCUAGCGAACAUCGUAGGCCAGGCCAGGUACUUCACUCACAUUGCAAGAGCACACAUGGCUCCGCCAAUCCUAGCAAUCAUCAAUGAGAAGACCGGGACACCAGUGAAUGCCACAAUCAUCAUGACAAUCGCAAACUCCAUUGUCGCCUUAUUUACCAGCCUCGAUGUCCUGGCCAACCUCCUCUCCAUCGCUACACUGUUUAUCUUCACGCUUGUCGCCUUGGCGCUUAUAGUCAGGCGAUAUUAUGUCACUGGUGAGACAUCAAACCGAGAUAGAAACAAGCUUAUCGGGUUCUUGGUAUUGAUCGCAUUGUCCUCAGUCGGCUCUGCUGUUUACUGGGCAGUUAGCAAAACCGGGUGGAUCGGGUACAUAGUCACUGCUGGAAUUUGGUUCUUAGCCACACUGGGACUUCAAUUGGCAGUGAAGGAAGCAAGAAAACCAAAAGUAUGGGGAGUGCCACUGGUUCCAUGGCUGCCCUCUGCUAGCGUAGCCAUCAAUGUGUUCAUAAUGGGCUCCAUUAAUGGAGCUUCCUUUCUGAGAUUUGCAAUUUGGACUUUGGUUUUGCUGAUUUACUAUCUGUUUGUGGGAUUGCAUGCUUCAUAUGAUGCAGCCAAGGAAACUACUGCAGUUGAAGCCACAGAUGUUGAACCUGGCGUGACAACAAAUACUGCUACUUAGCCUAUAUUUGGAAAAUGAAUUUUCUAUCUUAUUUUAUCUAUGAGCAUUUUUGCUUACAGGUAGGAAUUUAAUUUUCCUCUCUUAUUUUCCUUUUGUAAGUAAAUGUUGGUUUUUAUGGAGAAAGAAGAAAAAGGAAGGGAACGUACAAGCAACAAAUAAUAGAUUGGGA